ACAGUUAACGGUUUUAGUUUUGAAUGUGAACUUUGAAUUAUAAACAGCUUAGAAGUUUUUAACGUCGAAAAUCAACUUUAGUAAAUACUUUUAUUCUAUUCCUUUAACUAAGAUGCAGGUAUGCAUAGUUGUAUAAGUGACGAAUAGAGAAGUGUUAGUAGCUUAUUUGGUAAUAAAUGGUAGUGAGUGAACCGGAAUAAUGUAUUUCGAGAUUGAAAAUACUCCGGAGCAUUUAAAAAGGGCUAGGAGAAAGGAAACUGUUCAAAGGGCGUCUCCUAAAGAAGAGUGCCCUAGACUAAUUUUGGCUCCUUUUUCGAGACCUCCUCAAGUGGUAUUCGACAAUGUACUCAUCGGAACUACAUGCGAAAAGAAUUUGGAAAUAUUAAAUCCUUCUAAAGCUAUCCAACAGAUCACACUUGGUAAGUCUCUACCACCUGGAUUAAUUAUACAAUUGCCUGGAGAAUAUCUAGAACUGGAACCGGAGACAUGCUACUGCAUAACUAUGUUGUGGACACCUACACAGCCCACAGCACUGCGGGAAACAAUUCGAUUUACAAAUCAGAAUAGAGGCAGAUAUGAUGUCAUGAUUGUUCUGAAAUCAGAAAUGAAUGUAAAAGGUAAAAAUAAUAAUACAAAAUUCAAGAUAUCACCAGGUAAAAUUAAAAAGAAGGGAAAGAAAUCUCCAGCUGCAGUAUAUAAAAAGAAGGUUGAAACUAUAUAUAACACGACAAAAGUGAAGACAACUGUAAAUGUGGUCCAAUCAACUCAUUAUAAAGUAUAUAAUCAAAUGGACAAAGAAAAUGUAUCUUAUAAUGACUGUUCCAUUGAUACAAAAUUGAAAAAAUGCCCUUUUGACUCGCCAACUAAUUUAGAUUUAAAUUUCAAUACAUCUGAAAUAUUUUCAAACAUGCAGCGUCCUAAGAAAGACAUGCUUUAUGAAACAUAUGAUAAAUCAUAUAAUGUGAAUGAUAUUUAUACCAAUGAAAAUAAUAUUUUAAAACCAUCAAACAGACAAAUUAAUGAUUCUUCUGUGACUGAUGUUUUUGAUAACAUUACAUUUACACCCCUUAAAAGUCUUCCGACAAAGAAUGUUAAAUUAGGCAAAGGUCCAAAUAUAAUAUUAAGUGUUAAUUCUGAAAGUGAUUUUGAUGACAGCUUAGAUAUUCAGAACAGUAACAAAGAAAACGAGAGGCAUUCUAUUUUAUGUAUAACUUCAUCCCAGCCACCUAACAAGUGGUUAACAGUUAAUCAUCAUGUACAAUAUGAAAAUAAUCAAUGCAAUGCGACUCCUACAUUACCAAAUAAAAAAAUCCCAAAUACAUCAUCACCUAAAGAGUUGAAUAGUCCAAACUUUUCAAUAAACACAGAUUUUUCACGGAUAAGUGAUUUGUCUUUCUUUCCACAAAGAUUUUCAACAGAGAGAAAAAUUAUACCAAAAAUGUAUAAUGAAACCCAUGACAUCAUUGAAGAAUCAAAUGCAAAGAUAAGUUCUGAUACUUAUACAAAAGAAUCUCCAAAUACUCCUAUGUACUAUAAUUCUAACCAAAUGUAUGGAGAUUCAAGACAAGCACCUGUUCCAAGAGAGUCAAAUCCGAAGGUAUGUCGACAAGCUCUAUUUAAGGAACAUUUUUAUAGAGAUGCCAAUGAAAGAAAUCAUCUAGCUAGACCUGAGAAUUAUCCAUGGAACAAUGAUUUGAGAAUGGAAAUAAAGUCACCCCCUCGGUCUCUAACACCACCGUUACAAUCUAUUCCAGAAGAAAGCAUACAUUUUUCCGAUAUGCAUGCUUUCGACAAAACAAAUAAACAAAUGGCAACAUUUACUAUCAAUAGAACUUUUGAUAAAGCAAGUGAUAAUACUUCGGUAUCAUCUUUAAAUCGUCAGUCAGCUUGGUCGAAGAAAGCGGUCAGAACUGAACCGGAACUUUGGAAGAUGCCUACCUCAGUGCCCAGGAAGUCUAUGAAAUCUAAAACAAUCUCUCAAACAGUCGUAAAAAGCAGAGAAUCUUUAACUGGAAAAGGGAAUCACUCAUUUGACACUAAUAAAAGCAUUAAUCAAAACAUUUCACUAAAUCACAUAGGUAAUGUUUAUUCCCAGUCAUUUACAGUAGACCCAUUUCUUUCAACAACUUACUUUUAUGAUGAGGAAGCUGUAGACAAGUUUGAGAAAGAAUUUAGAAGGUGGCUCAAUUGUAUUUUGACUCCACCAGCCGAUUUAGACAGUAACAUAGAACAGAAAAUUGAUGUAGGAAAAGCUUGGAUUGAGAAUAGAAAUAAAGAAAUACCUGCAGCUCCGACUAAAGAGCAAGUGUGCAGUGCUUACCACAACAGCCACAGGCUAGACAGCUUACGGCGAACAGCAAGAGCGUUACUAUUAAGUCCAGAAAUUUCUCAGGUGUUCAUAAAAUUAAAUCUACAGAUAGAAAAGAAAUUGAUCGCAAUAAGAACUGACCGAAAUUUACAUUUAGAUAUUGGUUUACAAAAAGUAAUAAUGGAGUUAUUACUCUCUUACAAUCCAUUGUGGCUUCGUAUCGGCUUGGAGACUAUUUACGGUCUCGUUUUGCCUCUUAAAUCGAACAGCGAUGUUGAAGGCCUUACCACAUUUAUUAUUCAUAGAAUGUUCAAAAAUCCUCAUCUUAAAAAUAAACACUCUAAAUCAUCUGCACCAAACAUGCUGUUGCCAGCAUACAUGGACGCCAUAAAGAAGUUUACUCUUAAAAAGUUUUUCAUGCUCGUAUUUUUCUUAGAUCAAGCAAAACAGAAAAAAAUAAUACCUCAUGAUCCCUGCUUAUUUUGCAGAAAUGCUAUAUGUAAAGAAAGCAGAGAUAUUAUUUUACGCUUCACGAGAGAACUGAUUGCAGGCAUUGGAGAUAUUACAAAGCACCUGAGACCUCUUGGCUAUGUUGUAUGUGUUAAACAAUCUUAUUUAGAUGAAUAUAAAUAUGCCGUUCACAAUAUAGCAGUUGAUAUAAGAGAUGGAGUUCGAUUAACAAAAGUUAUGGAAAUUAUCUUGAUGACUAAUGGCUUGUUAAAUCAACUACGAACUCCGGCAAUAUCACGCCUUCAGAAGAUACAUAACGUGCAUGUGGCUCUAAACGCUUUAAAAGAAGCGAACUUCGUUAUAGUUGGUGAUAUAACUGCAUCUGAUAUUGCAGACGGGCAUCGGGAAAAGACAUUGUCGCUCUUAUGGCAACUGAUACACGUAUUCCGAGCGCCGUUAUUUGAAAAAGCUGCAAAUGUCAUACAAAUUUGGUGGAGGAAGAAAUAUGAAAUUAUUGUUGAGAAACGAAGAGAAGAAGAAAGGAUUAUAGCUCAACGUGAUACAGCGGCCAGUAUCAUUCAAUAUUGGUGGAGACGAAUCAAAUACAAUCGUAUGGUAGAAUAUAAGAUGUAUGAAGUAACAACGGCUACCAUUGUAAUUCAAAAAUAUUGCCGAAUGUGGAUAUGUCGAAGUCGUCUAAGGAAACAGAAGUAUAGUGCUGUAAAAAUUGCCAUAUGGUAUAAGAAUAAAAAGUUGAUUCAGGAAGCGAAAGAGAUUUUGCAGGCAUUGCGAUUACAAAGGGCGAGAUUACAACAAAAAUCAGCUACCAUGAUACAAGCACAUGUCAAACGCUGGUUAUGUGUGAAGCGUUAUAACAUGAUCAAAAGUCAAAUUGUACUCGCCCAAAGUAUUGUUAAACAGUAUUUAGCGCGUAAAUCGUAUGUUAAAUUACGAAGAUCAGUUAUGAUCGUUCAACAAAAGUAUAGGAGCAAGAUAUUCAUGAGAAAAGAAAUGCAGAAAUUUGCAGAGCAAAAGCAAAGUGCUGUGCUUAUACAGAGUUACUUUAGAAUGAUAAAACAUCGCAGAUAUUUCAUAGAAUUAAAGAAGUCUGUUCGAAUUAUAGAAAACCGUUACAAAGCCGUUAUUGCGAUGAGAAAUGAUCGGACAAAUUAUUUAAAAUUGAAAGAUGCGGUUAUUAAAUUGCAAUCAUUGUAUAAAUGUAAAAAAGUGUACGCGGAAUACGUACAAAAAAGAAAUUUAAUUAUUUAUAUACAAAGAAAAAUCAAAGCUAAUCAGAUAAUGAAAAAGGAAAAAUCAAACUAUUUAAAUUUACGAAAUUCGUCCAUAAUAAUUCAAAGGCGUUUUAAAGCUUACUCAAACAUGAAAGAAACUAGAGAAAAAUAUAUAUCACUCAGAAAUUCCGUCAUUGUUAUUCAAAAUUAUUUCCGAUCAUACUUAGAAAUGAAAGCCCAGCGACAGAAAUACGUUCUAUUAAGAACAUCGACUAUAAAAAUACAAACACAAUAUCGAAGUUUGUUAGCAAUGCGACGUGAUAGAACUAAUUACUUGAAAUUGAAAGGUUCUGUUGUGGCGAUGCAGAUAAGAUACAGAGCCAUUAUUUUAAUGAGAGAAAUGAGAACCACAUAUAUGGAAUUGAGAAACGCAACCAUAAUUUUACAGAGAAGAUUUAAAGCUUUAUUAAUAAUGCGAAAAGAUAGAGCUAAUUAUGCAAAACUAAAAGCGUCAUGUAUUGUGAUUCAAAACGCUUAUAGAGCAUAUUUACUAGGAAAGCUUCAGCGCCAAAUAUACAUUCAGCAGAAAAAAUCUGUAUUGAAAAUACAAAAUUGGUUUAGAUGUUUGAAAAAAGCGAAAGAAGUAAAGAAACAAUAUGAACAGAAGAAAAACGCUUGCUUGGCUAUACAAAAAGUGUAUAGGGCUUAUAUUAUUGGCAGAAAGCAAAGACUGGAAUAUCUGAAAAUUAAAAUUGCAACCAUAUGUAUUCAACAACAUUUCAGAAGUUACGUCUUAACAAAAACAAUAAAGACAGAUUUUAUUCAAAUAAAAACAUCAACUAUAACUAUUCAAAGAUUUUACCGAUCAUAUUUGGAAACAAAACGACAAAGGCAUGCAUAUUUAUCUAUAAAACAAUCAGCAAAUGUAAUCCAAACAUAUUAUAGACAAUAUCGAAAAAUGAAGAAAAUAAGACAAAAGUAUUGUCAAUUGUUAUCGGCUACAAUUUACAUACAAAACAAAUAUAGAAGUAUUAGAGACAUGAGAUAUCAAAGAACUAGAUAUUUGAGCAUAAAACACUCGGCUAUCGUGCUACAGAGAAGAUAUAGGGCUUUGUUAGCAAUGAGGGAAGAGAGACAAGCCUAUCUUAAAAAACGUCUUGCAGCAGUUUACUUGCAAAAUAGAUUUAGAGCUCAAAAUAUCAUGAAAGAGAAAAGAAAACAAUUCUUAAAAGUAGUAGACGCAUCUAAAAGAAUUCAAGCAUUUUAUAGGGCUUAUAAAAUUGGAAUUUCACAGAAAAAUAAGUAUUUACAAUUAAGACAUGCAGCAAUUAUUCUACAGCAGAGAUUCAAGGCAACUAUUUUAAUGAGAAAAGAGAGACAAUCUUAUUUGAAAAUUAAAUUUGCCGUUUUAACUCUUCAACGAAGGUAUAGAGCCAAGCGAUUGAUGUUAGAGGCAAAGGCUAAAUUUGAUAGUAUUGUAACGGCUUGUAUUACAAUACAACGGUUUCACAGAGCCUGUUUGAUUGGGCAAAAACAAAGAAAAUAUUAUGUUGAGUUAAAAUCCGCAGUUACAAUUAUUCAAACACGAUUUAGAGAAAUUAUGCUAGGUAGAAAAUUAAGAAAUGACUAUAUCCGUUUACGAAGUACGACUAUUUUCAUUCAACGUAACAUAAGAGCAAGAAACGCGGCUCGCACAGUAGCUCGGAAAAUGGCUGUUGAAAAAAUUCAAAUAUGGUACAUAUCUAUACGAAGACGUAAUGAUUGUAGAAAUAAUUUUUUAAACAUCAAACAAAAUAUAAUUACUUUACAAUCAUUUGCCCGUAUGUACAUUAUACGCAAACGUUUUCUUGCUAUGCGAACUGCAGCCAUUACUAUACAAGGAUGUUAUCGCUCUUAUAUAAUAGCAAAAACAGAACGAAAAAAAUAUGAGCAAUUCAGAAUGUCUAUAAUAAAACUGCAAGCUUAUGUUCGAAGUUUCAUUGAAAGGAAACGAUACAUACGUUUACGUGCUACAGUUUUAGUAAUACAAGCAGUAUAUAGAUUAAAAAAACAUAGACUUUUCCUAAAAGAACAAAGAAAAGUAGCAGCUAUAUGUAUCCAAAAGAACGUUCGAAGAUACUUAACUCAGUCGUGGUAUAAACGAUAUCGCAAGCAAGUGAUAUGUGUUCAAAAACAAUGGAGAGGAAAACUUUUAACAAGACUGUUACGCAAUGAAUUUGUGAAAAAUAGAAAUAUAAUCCUGAGAAUACAAGCUCUUAUUAGAGGUUACCUGAUUCGUAAAGCAGUUGAAUGUAAGAAGGAAAAUAUAUUAAAGUUAAGAAAAGAACAACAGCGGAAUUGGGCCGCUACGAAAAUUCAGGCACUCUUUCGUGGUCACAAAGCUCGUUUAGCGAGCGGCAUGCAUGCAUAUGAGUUACGUCGGAGGUGGCGCAAUGGAGGCUUGCAGUCAACACAGGAGUCGUUAAAAGAGAGAAACGAAGAUGCAAUGGAAGUACUCCGUAAGAUGUCGGACAUCGAAACUGUUAUACGAGCGUUUAGAUCUGUGGAACUUCUUACUGAAGUGUAUCCAAUAACGUACAACGAAAAUGCUUCAUCAGUUGUGCGACGCGUGUAUAUCUACAUGUCUGUGACAAACAGGUCUAUCUCUAGUGUGGAAGUACUUAAGUCUGCUGCAUCACUGCUAGUUAAUUUGACAAGAUACAAAAUAACAGGACCUAAAAUAUAUGCGAGGGAUAGAAUACCUCCAGUACUGAAAUUCAUGUGGCGAUUCAGUAACAGCGAAACACAAUUGUUUUGCAUACUGUCUACUUACCUUUGGCUAUUCUCCAAGUAUGACGAAGUUAAGAGUGAUUUAACCAGUUUUCUUCAUGAACCUGAAAAUCACAAAAUACUAGUGACAAUCAAAGGAAAUGUAAUGCGAAUGAAACGGAUGGCGAAUAAUGUGACAAGAAAUAAAUUCAGUACCCCUCAGCCUUCUAAAUAUGUUUCACACACAAUGAACCAAUCUUUGCGUGAUAUGAAUCAUAGCAUCUGCAGUUAUAGCAGCAAUUUGUUACCGGCUCUUGAACCGGAUUAUGGGAUCAUCAGAGUUGAUAAGCCUCGAUAUUUUCAGGACCCUCAACAAGCAAUCUGUUGCCUCUUUGAAACUUAUGAGUUAUAAUUUAAUUCUUAUUAUUUUUAUAUAAUUAAUUAUGUUGCCACUUUUAUGUUAGUGUAAAGUAUUUUAUCAUGAAUAGUUUGUUGACGUAAUGACAUUUAUUUUUAAUAUAUUUAACUAAUGAUGUAUAUUAUUUCGAGUGUAAUUUAAUAUAAUUCACAAUAAAAUGUUAA